AUGUCGGCUGGCCUCGGCUCCUCGCCACAACCAGCACUCAGCAAAGGAUGCCUGCGGUUGUGGCAGUGUCUGCCCCAGAGGGCAUCUGCCAGUCCUAAAGUAGAUUAUUGCCUGGACAGAUUAUGUGAGACCUGCUUUUCACACAGAACAUGGUUUAACAGCUGUGAGAAAGUCAUGACAGAUGGGUUGGGGCAAGAUGAUACUCAGAAGUUAUAUUGCCAGUGCCUGGCCAGCAUCACCACGACGGAUGCCUUCUUGUGUACCUGGAAGCUCUCGGACAGCGAGAAUUUUGAUGACUACAUGAAGUCUAUCGGGGUGCUUUUUGCUACCAGGCAGGCAGCUAGCAUGAUGAACCCUACCACAAUCAUCAAAAAGAAUGGGAACAUUAUCACCUUAAAAACACAGAGCACAUUCAAGAACACAGAGAUUAGCUUUAAGCUGGGGGUGGAGUUUGAUGAGACAACAGCAGAUGACAAUAAGAUCAAGUCCAUUGUGACACUGGAUGGAGGCAAACUUGUUCACCUGCAGAAGUGGGACGGGCAAGAGAGGACACUUGUGUGGGAGCUAAGUGAUGGGAAACUCAUCCUGAUACUCACCCAGGGCACUGAGGUUCACAUUUGCACUUAUGAGAAAGAGGUAUCACCUGCCUGUGCUGUUGCUGACCACUCCUCUGCUACCGUCUGA